AUGGCUCCAGCAUCUGCCCGAACCAAGAAUCCGAAGGCGUGCGAGCCAUGCCGCCGGCGCAAGGUCCGGUGCGACGGCAACGAGCCUUGCAGCAACUGCACCCACGACCCGUCCACGUGCUUGUACCGCCUGAAGGCCCGUCAUCGAAGCAUCCAGUCGCGGCCCGCAGAGGGCGGCUGUGCACGGCCGCCAACAGUCCCUCCAGGCAGCCCUCCUCGGCCAAGGGGGGUAGAGGUGCGAGAGCGGACGUUGCCCGCUCAGUCCCCAGAUGUCGUGCGUGCCUCUGCCACGUCGCGCCAAGGGCCGAGCCAAGGGCCGAGCCCGCAGCUCUAUGAGUGUGUCGCCGCUACCCAUCUGUCUCCCCGGUCUACCGACAGCUCACAGCUGUUCUACGGGCCUUCAUCCAGCUUUGCGUUUCUGAAGCAAGUCCACCGGACGGUCCUGGCCAUCCGAUCAAGAAGAGGAUCUGCCCAAGCGGACACUCAUCCUCACGCAGACGCUGCUCCCAUUUCAGGAGAGGACGAUGCCGGCCUCGACGUUUUCAUGCAGCGAAACAUCUUUUUCGGCGUGCCACUGAAGGCGGACCCUGUUACCUCUCCAUUGGGCUUGUCCGAAAGCAUUGCUGGUCUGAUCGAGAGACCUCUGGCCGCAGCGUUUCUCGCUGAUUAUAAGGCUGGCAGCUACCGUUUCCUCCCGGUCUCACCAACGUCAUCAUAUGACGCCCUACUCGACGAGGGAUAUCAAGAUAACGGGGUUCUAGACCAACUACCUCUGAGAAGGUCCUUGCUGCUGCUCGUUUUGGCCAUCGGCGCUCUGCAAUCCACCUCCCACGCCGGACUUGCCGACAAGAUAUUCCUGGAAGCCAAGCAUCAUAUGACAGCCUAUGAAGAUGCAGUGGCAAUUCCCACGAUACAGCUAUCACUGCUCAUGGCUGAAUAUCAGAUCAACAUGGGUCGACCGAGCAUCGCUUAUCUGCAUGUCGGUAGCGCGUGCCGCAAAGGGAUGGCUAUGGGCCUGGCGCAUAUCAUCGGGGGCUAUUCGUAUGAACACGCCCAAGAACGCAGUGCUACUCUGUGGUCCCUAUAUUUCUACGAAAGAAGGGAAGACGUAGGAUGGCCUUACCCUGAAGCACAACCGCUCCUGACCAACCUCUGCCGUGCAGGCGAAAUUAUGGAGGACCUUACGGAGUCGUUAUACAACCGUAAGACCGACACUCUUGAAACCCUUCACGACAAAGCACAAGCUCUUUACCGGCGUCUCCAGCAAUGGGGUGACACUUUGGGAAUCGGAUCAUCAAGUGUUCCCCGACAAGACACAUUCGAUGAUCCGACCGUGACCCUUUUCUUACACAACGAAACGGUCCUACAUCAAAAUGGUAACGAAAAGGUGGCAAGCGAGCUUUGGCUUCGUCAAGCGUGUAGAAACGCGACAGACGCAGCAAUCGAUUCCAUCAUCUUCACGGAUUCAAUGCUUGGGGCAGUGGACUUUGGAAAGGUUCGCCGCCACGACUCGUUUUUUAUGGAAGCAAGCAGCAUUGUCCUUCUCUUCGACUCUCUCCGCCACCCGACCAAGCACGCCAACAACCUCAUCUACAUCAACAUGGCCCUCGGUUGCCUGCGAGCUAUGGUUCAGGAUGAUCCCGUUACCAGCGUUUCUCGUUCAAUCUCCCGCAUUGUGAGUGUCGUUCAAAAUGCAAUCGGGGGCGAUGUCGGCUCGCCGCCUCUGGCGGAUGGCGUAACGGGGACGCUGCCAUUGGCUCUUCAUGCCGCACCACAGCAUUCACGGCUCAACACAAACAUGCAAAAUCCAUCGGUAGAGAAUUUAGAACCGACCUAUGGCACAUCGGGGCUUACCUCUCCACCUGGACAUCAUCAGACACUGGACCAAGAUUCCUCUGUCAGCCCGUUUCUGCCAUGGUCCGCUUUCCAGUCCAUACUGGCCACAACGGAGGCGAAUUCACAGUUUGACCUCUUGACGACAGACUUGUCAAGCCACUUCCCUAUUGACUUGAAUAUGAGCCUGGAUGACGAUGCACACUGA